UGUCCUCCUACAACCUCCAAUUUUAACGCGGUACCGCUGUUUUAUCUGUCUAUCUCUCACGCUCUCUCUCUCCGUCCGACCGAGUCACGUCGGUGUGCGCGGCAAUGUGACAUGUGUCACGGCGGGUCCCUAUUGUCCAAUCUGUCAGGACGUGAUCAGCUGGAGUCUGACACCGAUAGCCACUACAGCGUCCUCGGCUGUGGCUAGCUGGACAUGCUAGUUAGAAAUGCUAAGACAAGUUUGGUAUGUUGUCACACCUCGCCGUCGGUGCUCAGCGGAUUUUCCCCACAUGUAUUAUAUUGUCGCGUUGCCCGCGGUGGCUCUGCUGAUUCGACAGAGUAGUGGUGGUGGUCUCGCUAAAUACGUGGCGUGCAGCGGUAGCCAGUCACAACGGUUGUUUACAACAUGUAGCAUGCUAGCCCGGUGUGUAUUCGUUCCGCGUUAGCAUGUUAGCUUAGACGAGCUAGUUGACUGCGGGCAGACGCAGAGCUGUCACUCCAUUUAAAAACACAACUGACAGCCCGGACAUGAGCUGUUUUAUGUCUGUAUUGUGAUUUGUAAAUGUAAUUUGGGAUAUUCGUCUUGGGCUUUUCCGGAUUGCGGUUAGCCGGUUAGCUGGCUUAUCUUCUUGGUGUGUGCCAUAAAGGGGAUGCGGCGCUGCAGUCGUCGCCUUGUCUCCAGACAUCCGUGCUCACGUUACCUGUCUGUCGGUAACAUGUCAGCGUCGUGGCUGUUUCCCUGUGUUAAUGUGCUGAAGUGUGUAAAUUAAGUGUUUUGUUGAACGUUACACAAAAUGUUUGCUCUCUGGCGUUUUCUUAAACAAGCUACAGUGCUAAUAAUCCUAGAGUAUGAGCUGUCUGGACUGCAGGAUCUGUCCGACCUCACUGACACCUUCACUGCGUCUGUCAUGUUAAAGCGCUGUAUUACCAGGACACCGUGUACCUCAGAUACAGUAGAGGAAUUAGAAGACAAUAUAAUGCAAAAGAAGAUGAAAAUUCCCAAGAUGUCCAUCGAGAAUUCAGGGAACUCAACUGAGAACAAUUUUGGAGAGGAGAGAAUGCCACUUAGGCAUAAAAAGGCUCUGUCUCAGGACCAUGGACGACCCCUGUCCAAUUCCUCCAAGAGCCUUGCUGCAGUAGUAGCUCGACUGGAGAGAAAUGCUGCCAGCUCUUAUAUGGAGGGUGAAGAAGACCUGGACGAGGACAGACUUGCUGAGGAGGGAGAGGAUGAUGAAGAUGAAGAUAUGGAGGCAGAACAUCAGCAAUAUCAUCACCAGCAGCAGCAACAACAGCAUUUGGAGGUGGAUUCAGAUUGUGUGUCGGAGGUAGCUGCAGCCGUGGUUCCUAGAGUCUUGUAUGAGGAGCUAGUUCACAGCUACAGACAACAGGAGGAGGAGAUGAGGAGGCUGCAGCAGGAGCUGGAGAGAACCCGCAGACAGCUGGUACAACAGGCCAAGAAGCUGAAGGAAUAUGGUAGCUUGUUGACAGAAGUCAAAGAACUGAGGGACUUCAACAGGAGACUGCAAGACGUCCUUCUUAUGAGACUGGGCAGCGAGCCCAUGCAUGACAAUGGCACUCAGACAAUCAAGGCCGAAGUUGUUGAACCCAUUGUUGAAGCCCAGGAGACAUGCAGAGAAGAAGCCAACACCAGUUCCAGCUAUUCGCCUUCCCCUAGAACAGUAUACACCUGCAAUGAUGGAAAGGUUCACCUUGGUGGUGGAAUUUGGGUAGAAGAAGAAAAGUGGCACCAACUACAACGCACCCAGGGAGACUCCAAGUUCACAAAGAACCUGGCUGUAAUGAUCUGGGGAACAGAAACCCUCAAAAACCGCAGUGUCACAGGUGUGGCAACCAAAAAAAAGAAGGAUGCUCUGCCCAAACCGCCACUGUCACCCAGCAAGCUGAAAAUUGUCAGAGAAUGUCUGUACGACAGAGUGUCUCAGGAGACAGCCGACAGUGCAGAGAUUACGCAGAGAUUAUCCAAAGUGAACAAAUACAUUUGUGAAAAGAUAAUGGACAUCAACAAGUCCAUCAAGAACGAGGAGCGGCGAGAGUCCAAGCUGCUCAUCAGACAGACAGUGAAGAUGGAGAACUUCAGCUACGAUGGCAUGUAAUGAUCAACUGUUGUCACACCAGCGCCUUCUGCCCCCCCUCCCCAUGGUUCAAAGAUUAUGAAGGGGACUUGGAAUGGGUUGUUGGGAGACGUUUCAGGAGGCGUUGUAUUCUUUGACCCACUGGAUUGGUUAUUAUGUCAAUUUUUUUACACAAAUAUAACCCUUCCCAACUCCCUACAGAACAUCUUCAGUGCCCAGUUUCUUCAUUGGCUGAGAGACAGCUUUACCCAACAGCCAUAAAUUGACGAGUUAGUUUAGUAUGAGCUGGUAUGAGUGGUUUGUGUUCUUUUUAAAGAUUUAGAGUGGAGUUUGGUACAGAGACAUGGUUUAUUGAGGUGCAUGCAUUUGUGUCAAAAAGAGAUUAGAUAUGAUUGUUAAAUUAAUUUAUUGUUCUGUGUCAGAACAUAAUUUUGUGUCAUUAAACUUUUAAAAAGUAAGGUUGUUUCCCUAGACAAAGUCUUCUUGUGCUAGAAAGAUAGUGAUGCUAGAUAGAUAGUGAUUUUAGACUUGGAUGAAUUUUUGGUAACUACUAGAUAACUGCGGGUACAUACUUGCUGUUGGUACUUACUGCAUAGAACAGGACAUAAUUGUCUCACGUGCACAAGUCUUAAUUGGUAACAGCCAUAUUACAUUUUCCAACAGAGAUUCUGUUGCUCAAAGAGAUGAUUUUUGAGUGUGUGCACUCCCCAAAGUAGGUCAAUUGGAACACAUAGUUUUAUUAAAGAGAGGGCUUAAGUGGGAAGCAUGACUGUACUGUAGAGUCUAUGGAGUGUUAUGGUUUUGUUUUGUAUGUUGACCUUUUACUUAGGGAUGGACAAUAUGGUCAAUAACAUAAUCAUGGUAAAUUAGUUUCAAAUAAGACGUAUUGAUAACUUUUAUUAUAAAGAAAUGUCAGAUAGUUAAAGAUUGAGGUUACUGAGAAUGUCGAAAUCAGUUAUUGUUUUUUAAACUUCUUAAUGCACAGACAACAAUUAGCAGUGUGUUUAAGAUGAUAAGAUUAAGUGUCUUUGCACUAGAUCUGCAACUACUUUGAUGACUAGUCAUCGAUUAUUGAAACAGCUCAUUUAUACUAUUGUACAGCCUGCAAGAGCAUCAGACUGUUUCAAGUAAUCAUCAAAUUGUCCAGUAGAGGGUGCUGUUAGGGCUUCUUAACCUGCAUCCAUGCCCUCUUUGCUUAUCAGAAGAACUGAACAGUGACAUUAAUUAUUCCUGGGACAAUGGAUGACACAAACAAGCUUCGUCUUCCCACAGCAGAUGCACAGAAUAACGAACAAAUCAGCUGUUAGCACAGAGAAUGCAGUGACAUUAUCAACAAAUAAUAUGUCUGCAACUAAUUGAAAUCAUUGAUUUUUCUCUAUAAACUGCUAUUGUUAUUGUUAUUGAAUUAUUGCCCAGCCCUACGUUGAGUUUAGAGCAUUUGCCAUCAGCGAGAGAGCACAAGGAAAGGUUUAGAUGGCAUUUUCGUGCGUCGCUUUUAAUCAAACAUGUCACUUUCAGACAAUUUGACUGUUUAAUGGUUUGUUGUGGUACAGGCACGUGGAUGUCUCGAAAGGCCUUAAAUGGAUUUGGCAAUCACCGGGGACUGGUUUACCCCUGGGUUUUCUAGUAAGCUGUGAUUGUAAAUGUUGAGUGAGCCGAAGUUUUGAAGCUUCACCUUCAAUUUGCUGUGAGAAUGUUAAAGUGAUGGCUUGGUACUAUUUGAUGCCCAAUGUGAUUCUGCUGCUGAGUUGAUCAGAGCCGGGCAGCUUGCUGCCCCCCCAUCCUGUUAAGAGAUGCUGGCCUGCGUGAUGCAAUGUGGGCAAGAAAAUCAGAGUGCAGCUCUGCACGGAACAGGUCGUCCUCAUGUGAAAUCAGUGUGAGCUGUGGGUAAAGCUGUCUGAAAAACUGUUGUGCUGUUGAAGUUGUCUGGGCCUGCUGAACCCUAUAAUAACCCCCUCUUUUUUAAGCCAUGCCACUGGGGAACAAAGUAAGGUCGCUCCAGUGACAGCUUCCUCUGAGCUAUGCCAUCAGAACUUCAAAAAUUGUUUUUGUCUUCUAUGUAUUUCUCUCUCUCUCUCUCUCUCUCUCUCUCUCUCUCCAGUUGUUUUAUUGUUUUGAUCCAAAAAGGUUUGUGUGGCUGACUGCAGGCUGGAACUAAAUGCUGCAGAUUGAAAUCGCAACUGUGACCUAUAGCUGUGGCAAACUGUGAAUCUGCUGCAGAGCUGCCCAUCAAGCCUUUCUCCUCGUCACACUCUAAAUUCUUGUUUGUCAGUUGGUUUAUUUUCGCUCUAUCAUUUUGUCUGUCUUGGUUUUUGUUAUCACAAAAGAUCAGAUCAGCCUUUUGUUAAGCUACCUUGUGUAUUGGGGAUAUUUUAGUGUACAUAAAAUCCAUCUUUAUAUUUUUUUUUCACAAAAGAUAUUUCAAUUUCUAAUCAUUUUACCUGUUAAAAUUUUAAAGGUUCUGGUCAAGUUGAAAUUAUUAGUUAAUGUUGUAAUUCCAUGUUACAUGACAUGGGUUUUCUUUUCUUUUUUUUUCUUUAGCUUUCUUUUUACAUUUGUUUUUACAUUUGAAUUGUUGGCUUAAAGAUAUUAUAUCCAGAUGUAGAUCAAUGAAACAUACAACAAAAAAAAAUCACCCUGUCUUAGCCGAAGUUAUCUCUGUGGGUUUAGAGAGACGAGACUUACCUGAACGUAAUAUUUAAAAAGAGCCCUUACAUUAAGCUACAGUCACAACAUGAUAGAAUCUACUCUCUAAUUGUCUCCCACAGUAAGAUGGAAGUCUGUAUCGUUAGAACCGUUUCGAAGCAGUAUUUAAAUUGACAAAAAUCAUUUAUAUUGAAUGCACUUUAAACUUAUGGGCAGUUUACUCAAUCUUAAAGAAAUGUUUGUUUUGUUUGUUUUUAAAUGUCUAUAUAAAUUAAGGCCUAACAAUCAUUGUAUUAUCAUGAAGCACCUUAGAACAUUUUUUGUCUGUUCAUUUUUAAUGAUAAGAACAAGAUAUGAGAUGUAGUUUGGUUUGUGUCACAUAUGACAAACCACAGCAAACUUAACAUGUUUCCAAACAUUAUGUCCCAAGUGAAAUAGUGAUAAAAACUGGAUUCUGCAUUUCAUUAUGGCUUCGUGAACAACAGCUGGCUUACUUUUGACAAGCAAACAAGCCAACUGCACUUCUCUUAUCGGUUCACCGGUUAUAAGAAAUUUACCUAUGGAAUGUGCAAGAUGACUGGUAUAUGUGCUUUAAUGAAACGUGUCAAGAUGCUGGUUAUGUAUAGACAUGAAAACCUACAUGGAGAUAACUGUGUAUUUUUUACAAAUGAGUGAAAAUGGUAAGCCAAACUAUUGAAAGCUGAGAUCAAGGUAAAGGAGGAGGAUGAUGCUGACCAAGGAAUCGGCAUGAUUUGCACAAAAAAAUGGCCUAUGCCAAUGUAACAGAGCAUAGUGAACCUUAAGCCACCAAAGGGUGACAUUUUGUUGAUAUAUUUUUGAGUUCCUUUUUUGUUCGUGUCCCCUCGUUCUUUUACCCCGUGUACAAAGGAACACGCGAGAUGUACGUGUUCAAGCAUGUAUUUAAAAUACAUGCAGUUUAAAAGAAAAAAAAAGAUUUCUGCUGUGCAAAAUAACCUUGCUGAAAUUCUGACACAUUGUUGUGUAUUGUGUUUGUGUUUGUUUCUUUAUUGUCGGAUGCCAAAAGGGUUUGCGGUUCGAAAAGGCUGGGUUUUCUAGAGCGUGAUUAAGCCUAAUCCUUUAACUAAGACCAUCUUUAGUUGAUGAAAGCCGCAUGAAAGUACUGUUUUCAACCUAGAUUUUGGCUUUAACUGUGAUGACGAAGCCAAUCUCUGUCAGAUAUAUCAAGUCACUUGCAGAGGAGCAUUUUGGAAUUCAACAUACACCGAUCUAUAACCUGGCAGAGCCGUUAAUGGCUCUGUAAUACCAAAUUUUCCAGUUCUUUCAUUAUCACAUUCACGUAGUACAAGGAAGUGUCACUGGCUUUGUGAUCGUCCUCCUGUGCGACCUCUAAGUCAUUACUCUCUCGACAUUUAUAUGGACUUUUAAAAUACAAGUGUAUGGAGAUAAUAGCAAAUCCCAUCCUCCUUGUUGUGUGUUUUGGCCUAUGUUGUGAACAACUGUCAGAGCUUCAGAAGUGAGGUUGCCUCAUGUUUGCUUUUUGACUGUUUGUUUUUGGGGGUGGAGGAGGAGAUCAAUUUCUAGCUUCACUGUGUGGAACAAGCUGAAUAGCAUCUCACCCUUUUUGCAACUAAGGCUUUUUGAGAUACAUGAGUGUUUGAGUGUCAGAUAAAAUGUCAGACUUACUUGAGAACAAGACAAAUGGGAGGAACACAAUGCUAGGUCUAUAUUUUCUUAAGGUAUCAGUAACUUUGUAUACAAUCCACAAACCGGUUCUACUUCAUCUAACUUCACCGUCCUACCUCAUUGUUACUCUGGUGUUUGUUUGUUAGUGACUGUAAACUAUGUGUGUAUAUUAAAAAAAAAAAAAAGAAGAUAAUAUUAAUACUACUAUAGGAAAAAGGUAUACCUGGUUACUCUCAACAUGUAUAGCAUAUUAAACUUGUUAAACACCUCAGUACAGAAAUAUCAUUCUUAAGAGAAAUCUCUUUUAUUUUGAGCUUAAGAUGCUGCUUUAAAGGGUGUCUGCGUGAGGGGGGUCGUCUCAGAAUAUAUAUAUAUAUAUACAUGAAUAUACCUUUGCUCUUUGCUAUGUUGUGCAGUUGGUCAGUGCUUGUGUUCUGUCUCUGUAAUGCAUUCUGAGAUUUUUACUGGUUGACGGUGCUACCAGCAAACAAAACUGAUCUAUUGGACCUCAAAUGGUGCUGUUUUUCUAUGUUUUUAAUCAUACAGCUAUGUUUUAUUCAGGUGUGUCAACUGCCACUAUCCCCUCAGCUAAUCAGAAUUUAAGCCAAAAUAUUUCGCAAAACCAGUAACCCUGCUAUUACUGUAUCAAUUCUAUAUAUAUAGAUAUAUAUAUAUAGAUAUAUAUAUAUAUGCUAUCCAUCCAAAUAUUGUAGAUAAUGAUUAUAUCCUCAGCUGUGAGUUUCACAAGUACCUCAGACUUUUGCUGAUUUUCAAUGGAUGCAUCUGCUUCUCGCACCUGUUGUCUACAAAUAUUACUUUGUCGCGGUGUAUUUUCAGAUAUAUGCAUUUUUAACAGUUAGAUCAGGUUACACUAUAUGUAGUACGGGAUUAUUAACUCACACUCAGAUGGCUGUCCCAAGUGAGAGGAUGCCACUGUUCAUUGGUCGCAUUCCACGUCAUCAUAGGAAAUCUCAACUGGACUGGGCAGUGUAUAUGUAACAGUAGAAGAUCUCCUCAGCUAUAUAUAUAUAUAUAUAUGUAAAAAAAACAAAAAACAUUUACUAUAAUAUACUUUCAGGCAAAGUUAUGUUGUUUUACAGAGGACUGAUUCCAUUGGUGGUUCUUGUUUAUGGUUGAAAAACUAUUGAUUUGGUUGAAAAUGUCACACAACCGCAGUCGUCAGGAUACAUUCACAAAGACUGCCGGGGAUUUUUCACAACGAUUCAUUUUUCAAGUGACCAUCUUAAUCUGUGAUUGACCAGUUGUAUCUCUGUGUCCUUGACUGUUGUUCGAGUAAAUCUGAGUUGUCGCUACAGUACUGUGCAAAAGUCUUUGGGCACCACCGGCUUUGUUGUUUUUCACACUGCCCGACUAGAAAUAAGACAAAUAUUCCAAAAUUGAUUUUAAUGUUCUUGUUGUAAGAAAAACAAUCUAACAGUGGGGUAAGUGGAUUUUUGCUUUGCUGGAAUUCUUAAAACUAGCUUGUAAAUCUCCUUGUCAUGUUUGUAAAAUGAGGGAAAACGGGCAAAAAAUUGACUUUAACUUAAAAUGUAAGAAAGUUUAAGCAAAGAAACCAUUUGCUUAAAAAGUUGCAUAUAUUAAUUUUUCCCCAAAUCAAGGCUUGUUAACGUUAUUGAAAAUUAGUUCUUGCAGUGUGUGUCUGUCAGAGUCUGUGAUCAUUGCCAUAUGGAUUUUGAAUGAUGUCAAUGUAUAAAUUAGUUGGACAAACAUGUUUUACCAAUAGCAUUUAUCAGGGUUUCACGCUGAUAAAUGUUUUAAGAGAUACUUUAAGAGCUACUAAAUACUUGUACAAGCUAUUUUUCCCCCUUUUUUCCUGGAUGUGUUCCAAUAAAGUGAUUGAGAGAUAAUUCUACUGUAUGAUCUUUAUAACACGGCUAAUACAACAAAUCUAAUGGUGGAGAAGAGUAUUGCAGAGUACUGUAAAUAUUUAGUUGAGCAGUUUGUGAGUGGUUGACUUACAGAGAGCGAGACUUGGCUUAAUUAUACAAACAAGUGCAUUAUAUUUCCUUUUUUUUUACCCUGUGCAGUGACACCAGUGGAAUCUUUUCUGCACCAAAGUGUUUGUUAUAUGUUGUGUUUUUUUGAAGGGUUGGUUUGCUCUAUCUGUCCGUACGUACGUAUGUGUUUGUUUUCCUGUGUUUUUCUACUCGGGUCAUGUCGAAGAACUGAGCCGUUGCUGGAAAAUUCUGUUUUUACUGUGAGCAGAUUGUAUAAAGCAGUUGGUUUAAUGGAAGCACUUAAGCCAUCCGUUGGACGUCUUUUCCACAAUGGUUCAAUUGUAAGCUUUGCUCUGGCGCAGAGAACUGACCCAGAGAGUUUUGUGUGUGUAACUGGAUUCCUAUGCAGGUGUUAAGUUGUGAACCACAUCAUUGUUGGGUGGAGGGUGAGCCAGAGAGGCAGAUGACUGGCCAAUGUUCAAACCUCUGAAUGUGUCUGCACAGUCUUGAGAUUGAGUCAACGGGGACGAAGGCGAUAUGACAAAUCCAUACAAAACCAUUACUACAUUUCCGCACCCAUGGAGUUAAACUUUACAGGGCUGCUUGGGUAUAUACCGGUCUGCAAUAGCUGUAACUAUAUUGCAACGAUUAUUAGGGGAUGACAGGGUUAUCACUGUAUGGAGUACUUCCAGUUAGUAUGAUAAUGUGAACAUUAAUUUCAAGACUAUUGCAGUAAACACUCCCUCUCCCUACUUCAGCCUUCUAGAGGCAGAAACCCGUAUCUGCAAAAGAGAGUGUACAUGUCUUUGCUAAACCGGCCACACCUCUGCUAUGCGAGCAACUCUUUGACGCUUAGCAUCCUGUUCUGUGUUUUCUCUUGCUGCAUUCAGGAACACCUGUCUAAUGUAUAGAUAAACUGAAAUAAAUCAAGACUUUUAUUCUAUCAGCA